AUGCCGCUGAAGCCGAGGAGUUUGUUGAAAAUUAUCAAAGUGAAGGGUGGCUACAAAUGCGGCUAUUGCGAACGCGCUUACUCCGCUCAGUGCUCCGUGUACCGCCAUAUGAAAGUCCACACUGGCGAGACUGCGUGUAACAUUUGUAUGAAGGUGUUUUCUUCGGUGGAACUUUUGCAGUCGCACAAGUAUUUCCACUACGGGGAAACCAUUUGCAUUCAAUGCCGCAGAGCGUUCACCACGGCGUUGGGACUGUUCCUUGUUGAGACUGUGUAUCGAUCUUUGCCGACCGGAAGCAGCCUGAAGCCGGUGGAUGAUCGACGCUCAAAAGUGGUGACCCGCAAUGGAAAAUACAUCUGCAGCAUUUGUGAGCAUGAGUUUGACCGAUACAAUGCCUGCUGGGAACACGUAAAUCAACAUGUCGGCAUCACCACCUGUCAUGUGUGCAGCAAGAUUUUUGCCACAUCCUUUGGACUGAAGAGACACUUGGACAACGUCCACGCCAAUUUGGUUAAGAAAAAGCGUUGA